AUGUCCCGCGCCCUUCUUGAGACAUCGACGGGCAUCUUCCGGUUCCAACUUCGGGUUCCCGAGAGCCCGCAGCGAGGGCACGACCUUCCAGACCCGUGGGAGGGGCCAGAGCAGUGUCACGCAGGGUUCUGCCUCUUCUCGAACCCGGAGGCAGGGGGCGGCCUGUCCCUGAUCACGACACCCCGCAUAGCCCACCUGAUCGCCACCUCGAAGGAGAUUCCCGAGAGCACGGGAAUCGAGCCAGAAGCCUUUUAUGAGGCCGAGGUCCCAAGCAAGGGGAGCGGGCUGAUCGCCAACCGAACGAUCCGCAAGGGCGAGGUCAUCAUGCAGCGGGGGCCGGUCCUGCUGAUCCAGUCAGUCCCGCACAUAGACCUCGAGCCCGGGAGGCGGCUGGAGCUGUACCAGGCCGCCGUCGACCGGCUGCCGGAGCCGAUGCGGUCCCGGUUCCUGCGCCAGACCGGCGACACGGUCUACGACAAGGUCGAGAAGAACUCGUUCCGCGUCUUUCUGGACGGCGACAGGAAGCACUCCAUCCACCUCGGUCUCUUUCCCGACGUGAGCAAGUUCAACCACGACUGCCGGCCAAACGUGCACUACCGUAUCUCGGACCUCACGCACACCACUGUCGCGGUCCGCGACAUCCCCGCGGGCGAGGAGCUGACCAUCUCGUACAUCUACGGCCUGAAGCCGCGGGCGGAGCGCCUCGAGCAGCUGAGCGAGUGGGGGUUUAUGUGUACGUGCCCGCAGUGCGCGCUCUCGGAGCCCGAGGCGGGCGCGUCCGACAACCGGAUCCGGCAGAUCAAGAUGCUUGAGGACGAGAUCGAGGAGCUCGUGGCCAAGGGGGCGCCUCUGCUCCGGCCCGAGCUGGGCGCCAGGCUGGUCGAGCUGUACCGCGAGAAGCGGCUGGACGCCUACAUGGCGCCCGCGCUGACCCGCGCCGCCCUGCUCUACUCCAUGUUCGGGCACGAGGAGCGCGCGCGCGAGUACGCCCGCGAGGCCGUCGGCGCCCUCGAGCGCGAGGUGGGCCCCCGCGCCGGCGACCUCGGCCCGAUGCGCGCCCUCGCCCGCGAUCCCAAAUCGCACUGGUCCUGGGCCGUCAAGGUCACCAGUGGCGACAAGAAGGCGGCGGCGGCGGCGGCGGCGGCGGGGAGGAGGAGGAACGGGACCUUGGGGGCGAGGUCUGGGGGGGAGCGGGCACGGCUGGGGAAAGGGAAGCGGGAGAAGGAGAAGGGUGUGCGCGGAUGA